AAAAAAAACAAACCCAUAACAACUUAUAAUUCCUUUUAUCAAACAGCCGGUCUUUCAAAAGCGGUUUUCGUGUUGAUGUUUCUUGGUGCGGGAAAACCCCCAUUUGUCGUAGUUGCCGCGGAAGAUCGGGGGCGUAGGUCUUCUUCCUCCAGAGAUCGACCUUCGUGGGGUUUGAGGAUGACGCUGGUAAAUUCAUGGCGAGCUAUGUUUUACAAAGGGCCAGGCUUCAUCAACUAGGUCUUUAAACGAGGCGCAUCAGACACGCCUUGCAAAUACUUGCCUUUUUUUUCGUCUUUUUUCUCCGUGGAUAUGGGUAGUUCAGAAGAGAUGGGCGAAGAAGGAAAUUGUCCACCGGCGGAGGAUGCAAAGAAGUAUGGCGUAACCAAGCCCAUUUCGAUGUCGGGACCCUCCGACUCGGAUCUGCAGAGGAAUCUCGAUUUGGAAAAGGUUUUAGAGAGUGCUGGAUUAUAUGAGAGUGAACAGCAGUCUACAUUGAGGGUGGAAGUUCUUGGCCAAAUAGAGCAGAUAGUAAAUUUAUGGGUCAAACAAGUCGCGCGGGAUAAAGGUUGUACUGAGCAAAUGGUAGAAGAAUCAAAUGCUAAGGUGUUCACAUUUGGUUCAUAUCGCUUGGGGGUGCAUGGCCCAGGUGCUGAUAUUGACACAUUGUGUGUUGGUCCUGAAUAUGCAAAUCGAGAGGAGGAUUUUUUUAUUAUUCUUCAUGAUGUUUUAGCUGGUAUGCCUGAAGUGACACAGUUGAAUCGUGUUCCAGAUGCACAUGUACCUGUAAUGAAAUUUAAGUUCAGGGGGAUUUCAAUUGAUUUGCUUUAUGCCAGCAUUGCUCUCCAUAUUAUCCCUAGUGACUUUGAUAUAUCACAGGAGUCAGUACUGUACAAUUUGGAUGAACAGAGUGUUCGAAUUUUGAAUGGUUGUAGGGUCACUGAUCAGAUACUUCGUCUUGUUCCAAAUGUUAAGAAUUUCCGUACUACACUUAGGUGCAUCAAGUUCUGGGCAAAGCAACGAGGUGUAUACUCAAAUGUCACAGGAUUUUUAGGUGGUGUAAAUUGGGCAUUGCUGGUAGCUCGUGUCUGUCAGCUUUAUCCCAAUGCUAUUCCAAGCAUGUUGGUGUCUCGUUUCUUUCGUGUUUAUACCCAGUGGCGCUGGCCAAAUCCAGUAAUGCUUUGUUCAAUAGAAGAAGAGGAAUUGGGAUUUCCAGUCUGGGAUCCUCGGAAGAAUCCUCGGGACCGAACUCAUCAUAUGCCUAUCAUAACACCAGCUUAUCCAUGCAUGAACUCAAGUUACAAUGUAUCAACAAGUACACUUCGUGUAAUGACAGAGCAGUUUCAGAAGGGCAAUAAAAUAUGUGAGGAUAUUGAAAUGAAUAGAGCUCAGUGGAAAACCCUUUUUGAGCCUUACCAGUUCUUUGACGCGUACAAAAACUAUCUACAAGUUGACAUUCUUGCUGUUGAUGAAGAUGAUUUACGUAAUUGGAAGGGCUGGGUUGAAUCCCGAUUAAGGCUACUUACUCUGAUGAUUGAGCGAGAUACUCUUGGGAUGCUGCAAUGCCAUCCCUAUCCUUGUGAAUACGUUGACCCAUCUAAGUCAUGCUACCACUGUGCAUUUUUUAUGGGUUUACAACGGAAACAGGGAGUGCCCAUACAGGAAGGUCAGCAGUUUGAUAUACGGCUUACUGUGGAUGAGUUUAAGCAGUCAGUUGGUAUGUAUAUAUUCUGGAAACCAGGAAUGGAUAUUUAUGUCUCACAUGUACGUCGUAAACAAAUUCCAUCAUAUGUUUUCCCUGGGGGAGUUCGUCGGUCACGCUGUGGAAGAGUUCCAAAUCAAACUGGUAGGACAUCUCCAGGGGUUAGAGAAUGUUCACCAAAGACUCCUAAUGGGAACUGUGAGGAUGAAACAGUUGAAGAAGGCAAUGGUAAUUCUGCUGAGAAGGCAAACAAGAGGAAAUAUGAGUGCGUGGUAGAUGUGGACAAGGCAGAAAAACGAGCUGCUGUGAGCCCAAAUGAUACUAAUUGCAUAAGUUCUUUGGUCUCUGAUGUUGUAAACAAGUCCGAGCUGUUAACUCAGGCUUGUUCUGGCAAAGAGACUGAUAUUCUGAACUCAGAUAUUGGAGCUGAAACUGUUUUGAAACAUGUGGAAGUUAUAGAGAAGCCGAGUGACGGUUGUGUUGUGACUGGUGAUCAACUGCAGCUCAAAAGUUAUGAUCAGAAAGAAACGUCAGAAGAGAUGGGUUCUGGCACAGAACACCCAAACAGUUGUGUGUCAAGACCUGGAAAAUAUCAAAAUGCUCUGGACGAGUUAGAGCCCUCAGUAAAUCUUGGUGUGGUUUCUACAACUCAAAAUGGACUAAAUCCAGAAACUGUGCAGAAGCCAGUUUUAAGAGUAAGUCUUGCAUCGACAGCAUGAAGAAUUUCUAACCUCUUUCGAAUUUCCUUCAAUGUAACUGCCGUUGAUGUGCCUUUGAGAUUUUUCCUCCUGAUGAAGUGGCUCUAGACAUUGACUUUGUUAAUUGAAUCUUCAAAUUGCUAUCUAUCAAUUUGAAUUUAUUGUGGACACAUGCAAGUGACUAUUUAGUAUUUUAAUUUAUUCGAUGAGUAUAAAGUAUUCACUGGUUCUAAGGGAAAAAUGGUGACACACUUGAAAACCAAACAAACCCCUGCCAGCAAAGUUGGUUGAUGCACUGCAGCACCACAGUUCUUUCAAACCUAAGAUGACAUAUCACUCUGUUAUCAUGUAUGGGUAUUUGUAGUUGACAUGCUUCGUUCCCAUUUAUGGUCAAGAAUGCAUAUAUAUAACAGUUUCUUCCCAUUUUGUUAUAUGCAUAGCAAUACUCUUUAUUGCAGUAGAUCAAUUGUGGCAAAGGACAGUCAAUUUGCAACCCAUUCAGCUGCGGUGUAUCUAUGCUGAAAAGUCAACGUUUUCUAUAAUUGGCAGAGGAUUCAAGGAUAAUAUUUGUCACUUUGGAAUUCUCUAUGGAGAAUAUAUAUGUUGUAUUUUACCGUUAACUAGGUCUAGUGUCUUGGGUAAAUGCUGUGUUGUAUCCAACAAUAUCUGAACACUUUGUACAAACCUCCUUGUAAAAUGAUUUAAACUAACUUUUCUUUUGGAA